CCGUCAGGAUGUCCUUCUCGCCAUUACACGGCUCCACUAUAACACAAUGAAGGGACACCGGUAGAGAAUUUAGAUGAGGCCGCGUUGGACAUGCAAAAAGGCACCGGGCCAGGUCCAGAUGAGAGAAAAUGUUCUGGGGAACCUGCUUCGCCUUAUCCCGGUCGUACGUUGUGGAGCUUGGGCGGAAUCAGAGCCUGCCCCUCGGACUCGGCGGCUCUGAUGACCGCCACUCCUUUUAUGGAUACAUUAUCGCCUUUCCCCUACAGGACUACGGCGGGAUCAUGUCCAGUUUGGGAUCGGAGUCCUGGUGGAGGAAAACGUUGUAUAUCACGGGUGGCGCUCUGCUCGCCGCGGCUGCCUACCUUCUGCAUGAACUGCUGUCUAUCAGGAAAGACGAGCAGAUGGACUCACAGGAUGCCAUCAUCCUGCACCAGUUCUCAAGACCAAAGAACGGGAUGCCCAGCCUGUCUCCAUUCUGCCUCAAGAUGGAGACCUUCCUGCGCAUGGUGGACCUUCCCUAUCAGAACUACUUCGACGGGAAGCUGUCGCCUCAAGGGAAGAUGCCCUGGAUCGAGUACAACCGUCAGCAGGUGUUCGGCACGGAGUUCAUCAUCGACUUCCUGGAGGACCGGUUGGGCGUGGACCUUAACAAGGGCCUGAGCGAUCAGGAGAGGGCCGUGUCCCACGCCAUCACACGCAUGGUGGAGGAACACCUCUACUGGACUAUCGCCUACUGCCAGUGGGUGGACAACCUGGAGGAGACGCAGAAGCAGCUGUCCAUCUCCGGGCCCCUGAGCGACGUGCACAAGUGGAUCGUGAGCCACGUGACGGGCAGCGUGGUGCAGAGGGAGAUGUAUGGCCACGGCAUCGGCCGCUUCUCCAAGGAGCAGGUCUACACACUCAUGGAGAAGGACAUGAGGGCGCUGGCCAUACUGCUAGGUGAUAAGAAGUACAUGAUGGGGUCUAAGUUGACCACGGUGGAUGCCACAGUGUUUGGGCACCUGGCCCAGGCUAUGUGGAGCGUGCCUGGCACACGCCCAGAGCAACUCAUUAAGGGGGAGCUGAUCAACUUGGCCAUGUACUGUGAGCGCAUGCGACGGCGGCUGUGGCCCGAGUGGUUCGUGGACGUGGACGACUGGUGCUACACGGGCGAGGAGAGCGAGAGCGGCCGCUCCUCCCCGGGGCGCCUGCUGGACUUUGGCCUCUUCUCGCGGACAGACACCCUGGAGGAGAGCGAGUCCGGCAGCCAGGCGGACUCGCACACCCACGCGGGCUCGCCGGACUCGGACCGCACGGGACGCUCGCUGAUUGAUUCGGACAUUGACUCGGACGGAGAGUCCGUCCCGGAGAAGAAACAGGAAGUGGUGACGCCUGACCUUUGA